CUUAGCGAAUGCGGAGCCCCGGGAAGAAACAGAGACACACAGACACAGAGAGAGAGAGAGAGAGUGAGAGCGGAGCCCAGGGACAGAGAGAGACACAGACACAGACAGGGAGAGACAGAUACUGACCAACAGACCCAGAAAGAGUGCUGACCCCCGGGGAGACUCAUCAUGCAGCCUCCUCCCAGGAAGGGUCGAGUGAGCCAGGAGGUGAAGAUCAGCUUCUCGGAGCAGUUGUGCAAAGUGCAGAACAAACAGCAGCAGGAGGCUGAACUGCUGGAGGACAUCAGGUCAUUUAGUAAACAGAGAGCUGCAAUUGAGAAGGAAUAUGGUCAGGCAUUGCAGAGGUUGGCUGGACAGUACUUGAAGAAAGACUGGAAUCGUGGAAAGCCAGAUACAAAUGACAACAGGACUACCUCAGCAGUCUGGCGUUCCACCAUCGAAGCAACAAUGCAGCUUGGGCUGGCGCGUACUACAGCCGCGGAGUAUUACCGGACAGUCAAUGUGGAGGCGGCAAAGACUGUGCGCUCAGCCAAGGACUUGAGGUUGAAGAAGUGCUCGGAGCAGCUGGUUAGGAUUCAGGCUGAGCUGAUUGAGGCUGUGAAGGAGGUGAAUAAAGCAAAGAAGAAAUAUUGGCAGAUGCAGCGGAUUGCUGAGAUCGCCAGGGAGAAAGCGGCUGAAGCUGAGGCCAAGUCGAGAAAGAGCGAGUUUGGAAUAUUUCAUUCAAAAACCAGCCUACAGAAGCUGAGUGCGAAGCUCUCUGCCAGGUUGUCUGAAUGUAACCAUCGGGUCACUGAAGCUCGGAAUGAGUACCUUCUCUCGCUCGCUGCAGUUACCUCGCAUCAGGACCACUAUCUCCAGACCGACCUGCCUAUUGUCAUGAAGAAUUUGGAUGGUGAUGUGUACAAUAAGCUACAGGAAUACUUUGUCCUGAUCAGCAAGACCGAGAUUGAUGCUUGUCAGUCGGGGCAGGAAUGUUUCCGGAGUGUUCUAGAAUCUUCCAGUAAGAUUUCCCGUGACUGCGACCUUCAGUCAUUCCUCCAGGAGAACCCAGUGUUUACUGAGCCCUCCGCUUUCCCCUUCCAGCCAGCCGGUUCUGACAAGGUUUGCCAGUUGGAAAUACAGCCGGGCAACAGGGGUAGAGAGUCCAGUUUGGACAAGGAGGCACGCAAGUGGGCAACUAAACUGGCCAAUAACCAUAAGGUCAUCGCGCAUGGAGAGCGGGUUUUACGCAACUUAGAGCAGCGAAGGAAGCUGCUGUCUGAGGAAGAGGCAUCAAGCAUCGAGUCAAAGAUGGACGAGAUUAAGGAGAGCAUUAGGAAAGCAGAGACGAGCAAGUUGAAGGCAGCUUCACGCUUGAACCUGCUGCGUGAGGCUGGACUCGAGGUGGACAGGUGGCUGGUCAGCACCAUGAAUCAAGCGAGUGAGGAGCUGGAAAGAGAGAGGAAGCUGAGUGAGGCUAGAGUGUCAAAUGGAGGCAUGACCCCAGAGUUUGACGAGUUGGAUUUCACUGAUUUUGAGGAGUUUGAUGACAACAAUGAGAUCUUUGAUGAGAACAGCGAGUCAAACCAAGUCAGUUCUGCUCGUGUAUACCCUGUGCUCUGUAAAGUACUCUAUAGUUACCAGGCCACACAGUCUGAUGAAUUGACUAUCAUUCUAGAAGAGCAGCUCGAGGUGAUUGAAGAUGGCGACAUGGAGGAUUGGGUGAAGGCUCGGAAUAAGUCUGGCCAAAUAGGCUACGUUCCUGAAAAGUAUCUCCAAUUCCCAUGUGGUAACAGUCUGUCCAGCAGGAUCUCAGCAGUAACUUCCUCUGAUAUCACUUCUUACUCAUCGUCCAGUAGCUCUGCUGAGCAGGAACUGAUGGGCAGCAGUGGCCUGGAGAAGGCUGCAGAUGGAGCUUGCUUGGCCAGGGCCUUGUACGAUUAUGAGGGACAGAGUGCGGAGGAGCUGUGUUUCCCUGAAGGUGGCCUGAUCAAGAUCCUUCACACCGGUGAGCGCGGAGUAGAUGAUGGAUUCUGGGAAGGAGAGUUCAAUGGCCGAGUCGGAGUGUUUCCUUCCUUGCUUGUUGAGCUGCUGGUUGGCGAAGGGACAGAUCUGGAGCUGGAGCCGGUGCUGGAUCCCACUUUGCUGUCCCCUCCUCCGUUCUCUCCUCCUGCUCCUGACUCUGGCUUGAUGGCGUUUCACAGUGCGGGAUCCACACAGCAAGAGAGACUCCAGGUGUCACCCAACAGCGUUUCUGGCGUCCAGAAGGAGGAAUCCCAGAUCCAGGAGCCUAUUGCCGAAAUGCCUGCUGGACGACUUAGACCAAUUCGAACUGCCCCUCCUCCGCCAUCAUCGAGCCCAGUGUCCCAACAGGAUGAGGAAUUCCUGGUCUGACUAUUACCAUCCCAAUUUGGACCCUACAUCUAGGACUAUCUCCAACUGGAGGAAUGGGUGACGGGUCUUUGCUUCCAGGAUUGCUGCUUCACACGGAAGACAUGAAGGGGUCAGACUGAUCCUGGUUAGAAUUCUCCACAACUUUGGAGAAACCAGCCUUGAAUUUCCACAGAUGGAGAGACAGCAACCAAUGCAUCAUCCUUCUGAUCCAUUUAGCGUAUCAGGUUCCAGUUAGAUGACAACUUCCUUGGUGAGAGUUUUCUCCAAGAGCACCAAUCUUGUUUCUGAUCAAUUCAAAUAUGCAUAGAGCCUCUCAUGCAAUGAGACAUUCCUGGAACACUGUAGUGGGUAAACGUGAGAGUGUGUAAAAUGCAGCCAUGGCACGGACAUUGUGCAAUGGGGUUUGGAAUUCACUUGUAAUUGGAUUCAACCAAUGACCUUUCCCAUUUUCUGAAGCCAAGCUGAUUGACCAGCCCUUGGUUUGUUCUCAGGAACAGCAAAUGGAGUUUAACAAGGCGGUCUGAUUUGUGGCAGUGUCCUUGGGUCUUUGUAAUGUUGAUCCAUCUGCAGUCCAUGAAUCAGAUAUGUCCCCCAGUGUGCACAAAUCUGUGACUGGGUGGGUUUGAUGACGGUGAUUAAUUACUCCUUUCAUUUCAUUGGUGGUCUGUGUUGAUCAGUUGAAGAGUCAGAUCGCUGGGCUCCUUCUGAGUCCUGGAUUCAUGACCACACCCCUCCAUCAUGUAAUGAUUCAUCUCGUGGGUUUUAUAGAUGAAUUAGAGGAGAAGAUUUAAGGCAGAUGUUUCAUUGAUUCCAUUUUGUUUUUGUUUAUUCAUUCACGGGAUGUGGGCUUUGCUGGCUGGGCCAGCAUUUAUUGCCCAUCCCUAACUGUUCUUAAGAAGAUGGUGGUGAGCUGCCUUCUUGAACCGCUGUAGUCCCUGUGGUGUAGGUACACCCACAGUGCUGUUAGAGAGGCAGUUCCAGGAUUUUGACCUGGGGUUUCUGGGGUUUGAGCAUCACUGGAAAGACUGGUAUUUAUUGACCAUCCUUGUUUGCCCUGGAAAGGUGGUGAUGGGCUGCCUACUUGAACCACUGGGUCUGAUACAAACUGAGUGUCUUGUUUGACCAUUUUAAAGGGUGUUUAAGAGUCAACAUGUUGGUGUUUGACUGGGGUCAUGUACAGACCCAGAUCGGGUAAGAGCAUCAGGGGCAUUGGUGAAGCAAUUGGGUUUUUCUAACAGCUUCACAGCCAAUUUUACUGAGACCAACUUCUUAUUUCCAAAUUUUUUAAAACUCAAUUCAAAUUCUCAGUACCAGAAGCUGAAUUGUUUAUUGGGCUGUUUCAUGGAUCAGUUUCUAGAGGCAGAAAGUUGAAAUACUAGAUUCUAUAUUUUGCCUUUAACAAAAAAACAAUGCUGUACUUUAAAUUCACUUUUAUUAGUUUGAAUGGAGCAUGAAAGGAAAAUGUAUUACAGAAAGGUUUACGAUAUAUUACACCUAAAUGUACAGGUUAGCAUUGUCCAUUUUGGCUAACAACCUUCUUGCCUGUCCACCCUUAGCCUACCUGCUAACACGCAUACGUUUUUUCUUAAGCCAGUAACAUAAUAAAUGCAGCAUUAUUGCA